AUGUAUAUCAUCGCCGACCAUCUUGGCCCGAAGGACCUUCUCAGCUAUAUACGUGCGAUUCCUUCGAUAGCUCAUCUCCUGACGAAGAAGCAAAUCAACCGCCGGGACCGUGAUGGCUCUUCUCUGCUACACCUUGUUGUGUCAGAGCGAGACAUCCAGAUUGCAAGCAUAAUUGUUACAAGCUCCAUUGAUCCGAAUGUGCCGGACGGAGAGAGGGCCACUGCGUUCAGCCUUGCCGUCAAUCUGGGGUACGAAGACAUGGUCAAGCUGUUCCUAGGGUGCAAGCAGCUCGAUGUUAACGCCGUAGAUAACCAAGGCUUCACAGCGUUGAUGGUUGCCGUGCAUAAGGGGUAUACCGGUAUAGUCGACCUUCUCCUGCAGAGAGAAGAUAUAGAUUUCAACGUACGGAGCGAGAAGGGAGACACUGCGCUUGUGAUUGCGAUAGGAAAGGACAACAGCAGCAUAGCCAGGGCUCUUCUUGCUAGGGAAGACCUUGACGCCAGCUUCCCCGGCCACCGGCCUGCAUUUCGUGCAAUAUACCAUCCCGAUGCAUCUCGUUUGAGGCUCCUACUUGACCGCAAGGAGAUUGAUAUCAACUGCACGACUGAAACCGGCAGGACAAUGCUCAUGCAGGCAGUGGAAUUCGGACAUUUCGAAGUAGUCAAAUUACUUCUGGAGCGAGAUGAUCUCAAUGUCAAUGCCGCAGACAAUGCUGGGGACACCGCUUUGAUUAUUGCAUCGUUUCGCGGGUUUAACCGCAUAGCUUCCUUGCUAAUGGAACGAAAAGAGCUUGAUAUGAACUUCCAAGUCCAUGAUGGCACAGCUCUCAUGCACGCCGCACGAACGGGAUUUGGUGACCUCGUCUACGUCUUGCUUAACCGGCCAGAUGCUGACAUCAAUAUACAAGACCACCGUGGUCGAACGGCUCUUAUGUUCGCAGCGCGUGACGACAUGGGCUAUACAACCUCUGACAAUGCCGCGGAAGUUCUACUGGCACGGGAAGACACCGACGUCAAUAUAAGAGACAGUCGAGGCCGGACGGCUCUCAUGCUCGCGGUGGAAGCCGGGCAGAGACGUAACGUUGAUUGCUUACUGAGGAGAGCCGACAUCGACGUUGACAUACAGGAUGCAAACGGGGCUACGGUUUUGACUUACGCUACUACCGGGGAACACGAAGUUAUCAGAGAAAUGGUCCAGAAUUAUGUUGAGGCUAAGCAAACCAUGCGAUUCUUGACGGCAGAAGGGAGUAGCAACCUUAUUUGUAGCUGA